UGGUAGUUGUUGCUGCUGCUGCUACGGUGCAUAAGCAAUUGCAUAAUUUGAUUGCGAUUUGUUUUACGAGGUUGGCAGCGUUAAUUAAGUGUGCGAGCGUAGAACAAGAAGAAGAAGAGUAUGUAGAACGGUGCUGGGGGUGCGUUUUUGGGGGAAUUACCUUCUGCAAGUUUUUGGUGUAGAAUGUGACACAUCGCGGAUGGGCCAAUCGGGGGGGUCGUGACAAAGAGAACGGCCAAUGGUGAUGGUCGUUAGAAAGGACGAUCGCAGCGCACACAGUUUUGUCAUUAUUUAUUAUUAUUAUUAUUGUUUUUAUUUUUUCUUUCUGUUGUUUUCGCAUGUAUUAUCCUGCGUGUGCUGGAGGUGGUGUGUUGUGACGUGAGAUAGAAAGAGAGAGAGAGAGGACGUCGAUCUUCAACUUUUUCAGAAGAGCUGCGGUGGUAAUAUAUAAUCGCGACAACAGCAGCGGAUUGUUGUGAAACGAUGAGUACCAUUUUGUAAUGGGAAUCCAAUUAGGUUUCGGGUGGACGUGACUUUCUCUAAUGGAGCAACAGUAGGAAGAGGUUCACUGCUGCUGUUGUUGUGGUGGUGGAUUGUGUGUGUGUAGUGGUAGUAUGGCCAACAGGAGGGCACUUCUGACUGCCUCCAUGGAGCCCCUGCCUAGCUCGAGUGAUCCGCUUAGAGAUCUGUUCGAGGCCUGCAAAACUGGAGACAUCGCCAGGGUGAGGAAGCUGAUCACACCGCAGACAGUCAAUGCCAGGGACACAGCUGGUAGGAAAUCAACCCCAUUGCAUUUUGCAGCAGGAUAUGGGAGAAAGGAUGUAGUUGAAUUUCUGCUAUCGACUGGGGCUUCCAUACAGGCCAGAGAUGAUGGGGGAUUGCAUCCGUUGCACAACGCCUGCUCUUUUGGACAUGCGGACGUGGUGCGUCUGCUUCUGGAAGCCGGAGCAAACCCAAACACUAGGGACAACUGGAAUUACACGCCGCUGCACGAGGCUGCGAUCAAAGGGAAGAUCGACGUUUGCAUUGCUCUGCUGCAGCACGGGGCAGAUGUGAACGUCCGCAACACCGAGGGAAAGACCGCUCUGGAAUUGGCCGAUUCGUCGACGCAACCCGUACUGACAGGGGAGUAUCACAAGGAUGAGCUGCUGGAGGCCGCACGAUCCGGAGCAGAGGAUAGACUGCUGGGGUUGCUCACACCGUUGAACGUUAAUUGUCAUGCGAGCGAUGGAAGGAGAUCGACCCCGUUGCAUUUGGCCGCCGGAUACAAUAGGAAUCGGGUCGUUCAAAUCUUGCUGCAGAACGGGGCGGACGUCCAUGCGAAAGACAAAGGGGGAUUGGUCCCGCUGCACAAUGCUUGUUCUUACGGUCACUUCGAGGUGACCGAAAUGCUGAUUAAGCAUGGAGCCAAUGUGAACGCAAACGACUUGUGGGCCUUUACACCACUUCACGAAGCCGCCUCCAAAUCUCGCGUGGAGGUGUGCUCUUUACUGUUAAGCGAGGGGGCUGACCCCACCCAACUGAACUGCCAUUCAAAGUCUGCAAUAGAUGUGGCCCCGACCAGGGAGCUGCAAGAGCGCCUAGCUUAUGAAUAUAAAGGUCACUGCCUUCUGGAAGCCGCCCGACACUCGGACACGGCAAAGAUAAAAAAGUACUUGGGACAACAGGACGUGAUGAACUUCAAGCAUCCGUACACCGGAGAUACGGCACUACACGUGUGCAUAACGUCGAUGUAUCCGAAGAAGAAGCAGCUAAUGGAGCUGUUGAUUCGGAAGGGAGUCGGUCUAAAUGAGAAGAACAAAGAGUUCCUGACUGCGCUGCACGUCGCUGCUGACCAUUCCCAUUACGAUCUCAUGGACUACCUGCUGCGACACGGUGCCAAGGUGAACGCUCUGGACGGCCUCGGACAGACGGCGUUGCAUAGGUGCGCUCGCGACGAUAACGUGCAGGCUUGUCGUAUUCUGAUGUCGUACAGCGUCGACCCGACCAUCGUCAGCCUGCAGGGAUACACGGCCGCCCAGGUGGCUUCCGAGAACGUGCUGAAGAUCCUGCAGGAUCCGCCGACGGGAAGCGCGGACGUCGAAUGCCAGCUGCUCGACGCCGCAAAGUCUGGAGACCUGGAGCAGGUGCAGCGGCUGCUCGGUUCGUUCCCGCACAUCGUCAAUUGUCGCGAUCUCGAUGGGAGACAUUCCACGCCGCUGCACUUUGCUUCCGGAUACAACAGGGUCUCUGUUGUCGAAUACCUUCUGCAAUUGGGUGCGGACGUUCACGCGAAGGACAAGGGCGGUCUGGUUCCGUUGCACAACGCUUGUUCGUACGGACACUACGAAGUCACCGAGCUGCUCGUCAAGCACGGGGCGAGCGUCAACGUCGCCGAUCUGUGGAAGUUCACGCCUUUGCACGAGGCCGCUGCCAAAGGGAAAUACGAAAUCGUUAAACUUUUAUUGAAGCACGGAGCAGAUCCUGGGAAGAAGAAUCGCGAUGGAGCGACUCCGUUGGAUCUGGUCAGAGAUGGGGAUCAGGACGUCGCGGAUAUGUUGCGUGGGAACGCGGCACUUUUGGAUGCAGCCAAGAAGGGAAAUCUGUUGCGUGUGCAGAGAUUGGUGACGGCGGAUAACAUCAAUUGCAGGGACGCGCAGGGUCGCAAUUCGACACCGCUUCAUCUGGCCGCCGGCUACAAUAACGUGGAAGUUGCCGAGUUCCUGCUGGAUCACGGGGCCGACGUCAAUGCGCAGGAUAAGGGCGGUCUGAUUCCGUUGCACAACGCCUCCAGUUACGGCCAUCUGGACAUCGCCGCUCUCCUCAUCAAAUUCAACACCGUGGUGAACGCCACCGAUAAAUGGGGAUUCACGCCGCUGCACGAGGCCGCCCAGAAGGGACGCACUCAAUUGUGCGCCCUUCUGCUCGCUCACGGUGCAGAUCCGUAUCUGAAGAACCAGGAGGGACAGGCGCCCGUGGAUUUGGCGUCAGCUGAGGACGUGAGAUGCCUGCUGCAGGAUGCGAUGGCGUCGCAGCAAGGCGUCCCGACGGCGCUCGGACCGAUCAGCACUCCGGCUGCAAUGCCGACUCCACCGUUGAACACGACGGAAACGGUGGUUAUGCCGUCUGGGGCUUCGAUGAUACUCUCAGUGCCAGUCGCCUCGUCCAGAGGAAGCAUGGCGAUGUCCGUUGCGGAGGGUUGCUGUUCUUCGCCGAUGAAGAUCGACGGUGGAUCGGAGGGAUCUUCCGCAGUUGGUGCUGGCGGUGGAAUAGUCAACAUCGGUUCAUUCUUGGCCAGCCUCAGCUUGGAGCAUCUGCUCGAUCUAUUUGAGCGAGAGCAGAUCACGCUCGACAUCCUUGCGGAGAUGGGGCACGAGGACCUUAAGCAGAUCGGCAUCACCGCGUACGGAUUCCGGCAUAAACUCAUCAAGGGCAUGGAGCGAUUGGUGAGCAGCUGCGGCGGAAUGUGGACGACACCCUCGAAUCCGGGCACGCUGCUCGUCGAUCUUCUCAUCGACGACAAAGAAUUUGUGGCCGUCGAGGAGGAGAUGCAGAACAGCAUCAGGGAGCACAGAGACAACGGACACGCCGGAGGCAUAUUCUCUCGCUACAACAUCGUCAGGAUACAAAAAGUACAAAAUAGGAAGCUGUGGGAACGAUACACGCAUAGGAGACAAGAGGUGGCCGAAGAGAACACCAAUCAGAGCAACGAGAGGAUGCUUUUCCAUGGAUCACCGUUCAUCAACGCGAUCGUCCAGAAGGGUUUCGAUGAGAGGCACGCUUACAUCGGCGGAAUGUUCGGUGCGGGCAUCUACUUUGCCGAGCACUCCUCCAAGAGCAACCAAUACGUGUACGGCAUCGGUGGAGGCACCGGUUGCCCCCUUCACAAGGACAGAUCUUGUUACCUCUGCCACAGACAUCUGCUGCUGUGCCGCGUGACGCUCGGCAAAUCGUUCCUGCAGUUCAGCGCGAUGAAGAUGGCUCACGCACCGCCCGGCCAUCAUUCCGUUGCCGGACGUCCGUCCGCCGGCGGUCUCAACUUCCCCGAGUACGUGGUGUACAGAGGGGAGCAGGCGUAUCCCGAGUACUUCAUUACCUAUCAGAUCGUGAAGCCCGAGGAUUGCGCGAGCAGCACCGACUCGGACGUCAGAUGAUUCGGCCGGGAGCACCAGGAGGCCACCGCGAGCACUGCUCCCUGGUGCGGCGUCCUCUGCGUCGUCUUCCGAUGUCUCGCCCCGGCCAGAUCUACCUGCACGUGCAACCAGAAGAAGCGUCUCAAGUUUGUAGCGUAACAAAAAAAAAACCGUCUCUACAUAUAGAGUGAACAAGUGCGUGAGAUUAUUUGACAAGUUGAUUGACGAUCGAUUAUUAAUAUUGAUGAUGACUGUACUAUGUAGUAAAUAGGAAGAUAUUCCCGACGACGAUGUUAGAUGGAUCUGCGUUAUUCUCUUCUCGUCUUCUCUCUUUAUUUUUUUCAUCACUUCGUAUAGUGAUUUACUAAAUAUGUGAUAUCUGUUGUGUAAAAAGAUAGAAAGAAACAAAAAAAAAACAAAACAAAAAUAUGAUUAUAAUAAUAAUUAUUAUUAUUAUAUGACGCAUCGAAUGUAUUCUUCUAUGCGUGUCGUGCACUUAAUUAUAUAUAUAUGUAUUCAUUACUUAACGACUAUCGAUAAAAAUCUCGGUGUGCGGUUGUUCUAUAUUAUGUUUCACAUCCCUUUAUUAUCUCACACUUAUUCAUUCAUUCGUAUAUAUUUAUA